UCGGUAGCCAGAAUGGCCGGCACUUAAUCAUCAGGUACUCCAGGUCCGUAAGCUCCUGUGACCUGUCCGCGCGGUGCACAGAGAACCCCGGUAGUUGCAACCAGACCGACAGAACAACACAAGAAGAAAGUGAAUCUCAGUCUACAUCAGUACAGAGAUCCCCAUAUGGACCCGUUUGUAACUCUCAACGUAACAGGAGAACAGCAUAUAGACCUGCGAGUCAUUUUAGUGACACAGAUGAAGAAAUGAGCUGCCGGAGCAGCAAGUCCAGGCCUGAGAGGACACUGGACAAGAUGCAGUCUGAAUGGGUCAAGAUGAUUGGCCGACUCUCCGACCUCCGACAAAAAUGUGAGGAAGAGGAGGAGACGCUGUGGUUGAAGAGGGCUCAGAUAAAAGAUGUUGAGGUCUGCCUCUCUGAACUUCGACAGAAAAGGAAGCAUGCUUUGCAGGAGUUAGAGCGACUGACUACAGAGACGGCACAGAUGGAGGAGGAGAAGAGGACUUUGCAGUCUGUUCAGAGAGACAGCAGAGCAGAGAGGAAGUCUGUUGGGCAUGGUAGCUGGCAGCUGCAGAAGAUGCUGAGGCAGAAAGAAUCAUGUCUUCUCCAGCACAGAGACACCCAGGAAGAUUUUACAGUUCAGCGUCUGUGUAAACAGACUCCAAAGGAUGGAUCCUGCUUCAAAGCAAACAAUGUCAUAAUGUCGGUGCUGGAGCAGGAAGAAAUGGAAAGACAGCUGGAUAAUGCCAAAACAGAACUGUUUGCUGAGCAGCGACGUGCGAGAGAAAAGCUGGAGUCCAUCCAAGAGAAAUUGGAGGAGACUUGUGAAGAGCUCCAAAAGGCCACAGAAGCAGAGACGUCACUGAGAAACAGAUGUGCUUGUUUGGAAGAAAAACAGAUGCAGAAAAAGGGGCAGAUUGAGGCACUGGAGGCUCGAGUGAGUGGGCUGCAGGGUGAGGUGGGAGAACAUAAGAUCAGAGUGGUAACUCUGGAGAAAAUCUUGGCCCACAAAGAGCUGCAGCUCCUAGAUUUCCAGGAGCAAUGCAGUGCCUUACAAGCAGAACGAGAUGGACUGAAGGUGGAGCAACAGCACUUGAGGAUGCAGCACCACAAAGCCCUGAAGGAAGUUGAAGAGCACGUCCACAGUAUAAUGCUAAAGGAAGAAGAAUUAAUUAAGCUACAGAAAUCUCUGCAACAGCAGAAGGAAGAGGUAAAGAAACAUGAAGAGGAGUUGCAUGUAGAAGCAUCGGAAAAGGUGUACAAAGCAGUGAAGGAGGAGAGGAGGAAGUGGGAGGCAGAAAAAAUGGAAGCUCUGGAGGUGCAGCGUGGGAUACUGGAAGAGCAGAAUGAAAAGCUCCUGGAAAGUUUGAGGAGCGAAAUGCAGAAAGAGAAGAGUAAAGCAUUAGCUCUUCAACAUCAGGUCAUGGAACUAAAAACAAAACUGCAGGAGCUGGAAAAGGAAAACUGUACACAGUUGGCUGCAAUUUGCAAGUCACUGAAAGAGGAGCACCAGGCUGAGCUACAGAUGGCGCAGAGUCAGAGGACAGUUCUGCAGCUCGAGAAGGAUGUCCAGCUGGCAGUUAAAGAGGCAGACAGGCUCCGGGUGAUGCUAGAAGAAAGGGAGAGCAGCCGUAACCAAAUCACAGCUGAGAUGGAGCAGCAACACCAACACUGGACCGAGCAGCUAGCAGCAGAGUGCCAGCAUCUCAGCCUGUUAGUGGAGCAAAGUGGAGCCAAACAAAGUGCUGGAAAACUACCUCCCAGUUUCACAGUAGCCGAGGCUUUUAUGAACCUAAAAACACUACGAGAGCAGCUGAAGGAUUUUAUUAGCCAACUGCACCAAGAGCUAGACUCACAGAAACAAACCAACGAGCAGCUGAAAAAAGAAAAGGAGCAAGAACUGAGCAUCCAGAGGCAACAGCUGAGGCUGGAGAGAGAUCAAGCUUUGAAUUUUUUAAAGGAACGACUCAUUCAGGAACACAUUGAGGAGUUGAGCAGCUUAAAAUGGGUUCACAUGAGUGAUGGAGGGGUUCAAGGCGGAGGAGGAGUGGCAGCAUGUCUCCGCAAGCAGCUGAAGGCCAAAGACUCUGAGCUCAGGCAGGUUCAGAGGAGCAUGGCUGAGUGGAAGGGACAGACUGCAGCUCGCCUGGCACGCAAGUUUGAAGAAGAGUUGACGGCUGAACUGGAACGGUGCCAAGCAAAGUUGUUAAGGGGCAGGAAGGCACCAAGACCACAAGAUGUUAGGCAGAGGGAGUCUGAAAGACCUGAGGAAGAAAUGGAAUACCAGAAAUCUCUCAGCUCUCCCUCCCUCCAAGCUCUGAACUCCCAUCACAGCUCCUCAGACGUGGCUUCCUUUAAGCUUAUAUGUUACCUCCAGAGCAAAGUGAAGCAGCUCCGUGCUGAAAAUCAGGCCUAUGGGUGGAGCUCACCUCCUCCCGAUUUAUCAGGAUCCUAUCUUGGAACAAUCCCUCAGAGUACAGACACAGAUGGGAGUUAAAGCAACCCAAACCCUUACACUGUGUGAGCGACUGCACACCAGUGAUAGAAUGCUCUUCAAAUCAGUCUUAUUUAAAGUUGUCCCAUGGCAACAAAUAUAAAUCAUUCACUGUUCUAAGAUAGGAGGUUAACAAGCAGGUCACAGUGACAUAUGGAACAACUGGAGAUGUGGUCAUCACAUUCCUCUGUGCUAAGGCAGUAAGGUUUUUAUAGCUUGCAGUGAGCUGUAAACGACAGGAGCUGACAUUUCUCUGAAGACUGACAAUCAUGUGAGUUACCGUACAUUAAAUAACCUGGCAGCUGGCAGGGCUUUAACAAAGUCCUUAGAAAAUGCUUAAAAAUACAUUUACAGUUUCUGCAAGACUGAAGCAAAAUGUAAUGUAUUAAAGGCUUUUGAACCUGUCUACUUGUACUCGCUGUCCAUUAAUCUGAAGGGUUCGAAAAUAUGGCUGAAUUUGGAAAGGGUGUGAAGUAUGAUGAUCACUAUUGUAAGAGUCAAACCAAAUACAAACAACUAUCUAAAUAUUUGGGUAGAGCUCCAUUUACAGUAUGCAUGUAUGGUAAAUGGAUUGGU